UGCUUUAUCCAUUGUUAGACAUUAAUUUGCAUAUUUAUCAUAAUUGUUUUAUAUUCCCAAUGUGAUCCUUCCAAUGUAAUAUCUGAUUCUGAUUCUGAAACUUCAUCUCUUCAAACUUUGUUUUGUGGGACACUACAAAUCUUUAGUAGACUCCAUAGUUGCAGAAGAGUUAGAUCAGUUAGAUUCUGCCAGUACAAUUGUUGUUUAGUUGGGGAGAUGCAUUACUAACACACUUUGUACUCCAUCCCAUGUACAUGCAUUCCUCUGGCUUCAUUGGAGGUUUUUUUGUUUGUUUUUGUUUUUUUAACUUUUUAUUUUAUAUUGGAGUAUAGUUGAUUAACAAUGUGUGUUAGUUUCAGGAUGUUAUUUUUAUAGUAUUUAAAAGAUCGUUUAAAUUUUUUUUGUAGUAUUUAAUAUCUUGUAUACUAAUUUCGUCUGUUCCAGUGUUGGCUACUCAUCCGUCCUGAGUCCGUUAGUACUCUUAUCAUUUGUGUUCCAUGUAGUUAUUCAGCUGGGGAUGAUGGAGAGUCCUUGGUGCUUCAUGGAACGGUCUCAGCAAAAGAGCUUGGAGAUAGCCUGACCAAGAUGAAUAGCAAGUGGGAAAGGGCUUGAUAUCAGGUUCUUGGCACCGAGGUGAGAAUGAAGAGACACCUUCUGAACAGAGCAAAUUGGCAGAAGGAAUGUCACAGAUUAAGAACCCCAGGGCUGCUUUGUCUCUUGAAAAGGCCCAGCCCUGUAAGAUGUGUGUCCCAUUGUUAAGAGACAUUUUGCAUUUGGCUGAAGAGCAAGGAACAAAUAGGGCACAGAAAGCAUACACAUGUGGGGCAUGUGGAAAGCAAUUCUAUUUCACUGCAAACCUUCAGGAUCACCAGAAACAAAUCAUUAGAAAGAAACCCUCCCUAUGUGAUAUGUGGAGACCCUUAUUUUUGAAGAGCUGCAUAGUUCAGGCAUCAGGGAAUCUCUCUACCUGCAUGGAGAUAGGGAAAAAAUUCAUGGCCAGCAUUGGAGUUCAGCAGCAGGCCACUAACACCAGGAAGAAACUGAACAACAAUAAGGAGUAUGAAUCUGUUUUUCACAGUGGAAUUAGUCAUUACACCUGGGGAGAAGGCAAGAAAGCCUCCAGCCACACAGACAUACUUGUUCAGAAUGAGAGAGUCUUUACUAGGGAAGGGUUUUCUGAGUUCAGCAAAUGUGGGAAAACCUACAUCCAAAGAAGUAACCUUAUUCAGCACCAGAAAGUUCAUAGUAGAGAAAGGCCUUAUGAAUGCAGCCAUUGCAGAAAAAUUUUUACCUGCAAAUCUAGUUUCCUUGCACAUCAGAGAGUUAACUGUGGAAAAAGGAUUUAUGAGUGCACUGAAUGUGGGAAAUCCUUUAGCCAAAGGAAGCACCUCAGUACCCACUGGAAAAUCCACACAGGAGAAAAUCCUUACGAGCGUAAGGAAUAUAAUAAGUGUUUCAUCCAAAAGUUCAUCUUAAUUGAACAUCAGAGAGUUCACAGUGGAGAAAAGCCUUAUCAAUGCAGCCAAUGUGGAAAAAUGUUUAGCAGCAAAUCCAGUUUGUCUAUACAUCAGAGAGUUCACACUGGAGAGAAGGCUUAUGAGUGCAAUGAAUGUGGGAAGUCUUUUACUACUAGCUCUGGCCUCUGUUAUCAUCAGAGAAUACACACUGGAAAAAAGCCUUAUCAAUGCAGCCAAUGUGGAAAAUUUUUUGCCACCAAAUUCAAUUUCUCUGUACAUCAGAGAGUUCACACUGGAGAAAGGCCCUAUGAGUGCACUGAAUGCAGGAAAUCUUUUACUACUAGAUCGAGCCUUGGGACUCAUCGUAGACUUCACAGUGGAGUGAGGCCUUUUGAGUGCCAUGAAUGUGGGAAAGUCUUUAGCCAAAAGGCACACCUCAGUGCCCAUAAGAAUGUUCACAGUGGAGAAAAGCCUUAUGAGUGCAGUAAAUGUGGGAAAUCUUUUACUACUAAGUCAAUCCUUUGUAAUCACUGUAAACUUCACAGUGGAGUAAGGCCUUUUGAGUGCCGUGAAUGCAGGAAAUCUUUUACUUCUGGUUCAAGUCUUCGUCAUCAUCAGAGAGUUCACACUGGGGAAAAACCUUAUGAGUGCAGUGAUUGUGGGAAAUCUUUUGUUGCUAGGAGUGGACUCCGGUAUCAUCAGAGAGUUCACAGUGGAGAAAGGCCUUAUGAGUGUAGAGAAUGUGGGAAAUCUUUUACUGCCUGGUGGAGCCUUCAUGGUCAUCAGAGAGUUCACACUGGAGAAAGGCCUUAUAAAUGCCGUGAAUGUGGGAAAUGUUUUACUGGUAGCUCGAGCCUUCGUCGUCAUCAGAGAGUUCACAGUGGAGAAAGGCCUUAUGAGUGCAAUGAAUGUGAUAAAUCUUUCACCCAAAGGUGCCACUUGAUUAAACAUCAGAGAGUUCACACUGUAAAAAGUGUUAUGAAUACAGCAAAUAUAGAUGGCACUGAUGUUGGAGGAGUUUGAGGUGGUAACAGGGUGGGAAGAACCUGUGCAGUUAUUGUGCAGCAAAUGGCCCCUCUCUAGGGAGGAAACUGAGGCACAGAGAGGAUGUAUUAUCUGUUUGUGAUCUCCUAGGACUGGACACAGAUCUGGGAUUCAAUGCCAGGUCACCUGCUUCAGGACCUGGGGAGUCUGGUUACUUCAGUCCUCUUCUCCUCACCACCCUAGGUUUAGGGACUGGAAGAACACCUUGUCCAUCCUGUCACUUCAGCCCUCCCACCCCCACCCCAAGAGACCUGCUCAUAACUCAGCCCUGUGCUGAUGGACAGGAGUAUCUUUUUCUCUGGGAACCAACAUUGAUGACCUACUUUCCUGUGAAUGACUCCGUUUACCUACCCAACCAAACCAGUGCUCAGAGUCUGUUGAUAUUCCCAUUUGUAAACGAAGGGGUGUGCAACCCAGAGAGGUUGAGGGACUUCCACAAGGGCUCACUACUGCCAGGCCUUUGAUGAGAGUAGUUCCUCUACACUGCAUCCAUCUGCUGGCUUCUCUUCUGCCCUUCAGAGCAGGGACUACCCACACCUGAUGCCUGCAUCUCUAUCAGGGCCUCCAGCUCCACCUCUUGCACUACACAUCUCCUUCCUGCAAACACCCUCCUGCUUGAUAAGUUCUUCACAGGGACAGCAACACCAAGCUAGGCACCCCAGAAAGCAUCACUGGUGUCACCGCCAUAUGCAGUGAUUGGUUUAGAAGGUCUUGUACACCUGUUUCAGAAACCUACUUCAGGAUGUCCUUGUUGCUCCAUUAUGUGGUUGACCUGCUCACUGUUCUGGGCAGUGUGAAGGACACUGAAGGACUAAGAAUGUCCACUGUGGCCCUUACAGGGCCUGGUUCCCAAGACUCCUCUUCCUAACCCUGUAUCUAUCGCCUCACUGCUCUUCCCACUCCUUCAGAAAAAUGCAACUCACCAAAAUGAUGAUUGUUCAUUAGCAAGAACUUGCCCUCCCUGUCUUGGGACCCACACUGGACCAACCUAGGUUAUAAGCUAAGACUGAAUGCAGGCUGACCCCUCCCAUGAAUACUGUAAAACUCCAUGAUAAAAUCAAUUUAAAUUGCAUUUCUCUCAGGAUUCUUGAUGUUGAGUUGUUUUGUUAUUCUUCUGUUUUUCUUUUUCAUGUGUCUAUUUUUUAUGUGUGUGUCUUGUUUGGUUAAAUAUCUAUUCCUAUCUUUUGCCUACUUUAUUUUGUAUGAUUUGGCUAUUAUCUCUUUCCUUGGCAAGUAGGAGAUCAGGGAGACAAGAAAUACAUCCGUGAUAUUUCACUCAUUUACCAAUAAUGUGAGUGACUUCUGCAUGGAAUUGUAAUUUAGAGUACUGAAAGAAUAUGUUAUCUUGUUCCCCCCCCCUUUUUUUUACUAUGAAUGACAUAAUGACCACAUACAUUAUGCAGGUUUUAGAUAAAUCUGCAUUGUUAACAUGUGCUACCUCAGUCUUAAGUCUAGACAGUAGCACUAUAAAUGAAGCCCUGGUUUGUAGUGUUUACUAAUUUCCCUGGUGUAAAUAUUCCCACCAUAGUCAAUCAAAUUGCCAACAUGAUGUCACUGAACAUGGAGUUGGGAAGCAUUGCCAGUACUGUAUUCUUUUUUCACCAUACAGGUACAGUAGCUGCAAAUAAUUUUAAGAAUAUAGCAAAGAAACCAUAAUAGAAUGAUUUUUAAAGUGACAGGUUUUGCAUAUUUGUUUUAAAAAGUUAUUUAAUGGAUGUAUGGUUUACUUACA